UUUUUUUACCAAGUUGAGAGGUCACUUUUGUCAUCUUUCUCUUUUUAGCACUCUCUCUUGGCUUGUAAGCAACAACAACAACAACAAUAGCAAGUUGCUGCAGACUAAAUUCAUUAUAAAUUAUCUUUCACAGUGUUUGAUUGAUAUGACAUCCUUCUUGCUUUUCUAAUUGCCAACAAAUUUUAUCAAAAGUCAUAGGUAGAGGCCAUGGAUAGGGCUAGUUCUAGUGUUGUCUCCCACAGAGUAUUAUAUUUGUUGCUUUCAUUAAUUUAUGUGUUCUUGAGCUUUUUGCCAACUCAAUCAGCUCCUCAGUCUGCUCUCAUAACCCAGAUUCCUGGCUUCAGCGGCACUCUUCCUUCUAAACACUAUUCUGGGUAUGUGACAAUUGACCGAAAUCAUGGGAGGAACCUGUUUUACUAUUUCAUUGAAUCCGAAAGGAAGCCGUCCGAGGAUCCAGUGGUUCUGUGGCUGAAUGGUGGACCUGGAUGCUCCAGCUUUGAUGGCUUUGUCUAUGAGCAUGGGCCAUUCAAUUUUGAAGCAGCCAAGACCAAGGGAAGUCUGCCCCAACUGCACCUUAAUCCAUACAGCUGGUCAAAGGUUUCCAACAUUAUAUAUUUGGAUUCUCCUGCUGGCGUUGGUUUUUCUUACUCAGAAAACAAAACUGACUAUUAUACUGGUGACCUAAAGACUGCCUCUGAUAGCCAUACGUUUCUCCUAAAGUGGUUUGAACUUUACCCGGAGUACCUCUCCAACCCAUUCUUCAUUUCUGGUGAGUCAUAUGCUGGAGUCUACGUGCCAACACUUUCUUCUGAAGUAGCGAAAGGAAUCGAUGCCGGUGUAAAGCCCCUUCUCAACUUCAAGGGUUAUCUGGUGGGAAAUGGAGUUACGGAUGAUAAAUUUGAUGGUAACGCUCUUGUUCCAUUUGCACAUGGAAUGGGACUGAUAUCAGAUGAUCUAUAUGAGGAGGUUAACAAGGAGUGUGGAGGAAACUACAUUUACCCAGUCAAUGAUGCUUGUGGGAGCAAGCUUGAGAAAGUUGACAAGAAUAUAGAAGAAUUGAACAUAUAUAACAUUCUAGAACCAUGCUAUCACGGCACAGAUUCAAUGAAGAUUAAGACAACUACAAACAGUAGAGUGCCAUCUAGUUUUCGACGGUUGGGUGAGACUGAAAGGCCUCUUGCUGUGAGAAAAAGGAUGUUUGGUCGUGCCUGGCCUCUUAGAGCUCCUGUAAGAGAUGGAAUUGUUCCAACUUGGCCAGAACUUAUGAAUAGCGAAGACGUUCCAUGUACUGAUGAUGAGGUUGCUACUUCAUGGUUGAACAAUGAAACAGUUAGAAAGGCAAUCCAUGCAGCAGGGGAAAGCUUGGUACCUAGUUGGGAAUUGUGUACUGGCGGAAUCAGAUUUACUCAUGAUGCUGGGAGUAUGAUCAAGUACCACAAGAACCUAACUGCAAAGGGUUAUCGGGCACUUAUAUAUAGUGGUGAUCAUGAUAUGUGUGUACCUUUCACUGGGAGUGAAGCAUGGACUAGAUCACUUGGUUAUAAGGUUGUGGAUGAAUGGAGGCCAUGGACUUCCAAUGGACAAGUUGCUGGGUAUACACAAGGGUACGAAAACAACCUUACCUUCCUGACCGUGAAGGGAUCAGGACAUACCGUUCCAGAAUACAAACCGCGGGAGGCGUUAGAUUUAUUUAGCCGGUUUUUGGCUGGACAACCACUAUAAGAGAGAGAGCAGUGCUGCUAUUUAUUGCCUAUGCUACACAAGCUUAUAGUGAAUAAACAAUAUGAUCAAAUGAACUGUGUUGUAGUUGCCUAGUAAAUCAAACCAGCCUUCUGAUUGUUACUUCUAUAUGAAAUAUUAAAUUAAAAUUUCAGAUAGAGAA